UUGUCCCCUUGCAGGCACCCCCACACACCCAGCGUGUCUUCCCCCGCACCUCCCGCGCCAAGCUCCCGUAUAAAUAAUCUCGCCUAUCCACUCCGUCUCCCCACCAGUUCCAUUUCGACUCCCCACGCCACGCUACGCCUCCCUCCCUAUCCUCCUCCUCUCGCCAGCGCAAGGCGGGUUGCGAUGGCCGUGCAGGCGCAGUGCCUCUCCCACGCCUUCCUUCCCCACGACCUCGGUGAUGCCUUCAGGGAGCUGGAGGGCGCGGCAGCUGGCGGCGGCGGCGGCGGCUCCAUAUUCUUGGACGAGCUCGGUCUCGGCGGGUGCGCGCCAGCUGCGGCGGGGAUCGGGGACGCCGUGUUUGGUGAUGCCACGUGCAGCGAGCUCACCUGCAACGGUGACAUCGGCGGCGGAGGGUACGGGUUUCUGCCGAGGAAGCGAUCGCGCAUGGACACCGAGUUCUUGGAGGGGGGCCUGCAGGGUCUGGCGGCUCUGCCCCAGACGGCGCCGCAAGGUCAGCUGUUCACCGGUGACAUGCAGAGCAGGGCGGUCGGGUGCCGCGUGGCGUCCACAAGCGGCCGUGCGAUCGUCAAUGGCGCGUCCCUCUCGCAUGGGGUUCUGUCGCAGCUCUACCACCAGGGUGUGGAGAUCGACGCGCUUGUACGGCUCGAGACUGAGAGGAUGCGCGCGGGUCUCUUGGAGGCGUGCCGGCGCCACGCGAGUGCGAUGGUGGUCGCUAUAGAGCGCGCCGCGGCUGGGCGGCUGCGUGCAGCGGAGGCGGAACUUGAGCGCUCACGCUACCGCAACGCGGAGCUCGAGGAGAGGCUCCGGCAACUGAGCGCCGAAGGGCAGGCGUGGCUGUGCGUUGCCAAGAGACACGAGGCCGUUGCCGCAGGCCUCCGCGCCACGCUCGACCAGCUCCUGCAGCAGCCCACCGCCUGCGCCCUCGCCAACGCCGACGCCAAUGCGGAGGACGCGCAGUCCUGCUGCUUCGAGACCGGCCCAGCGGGCGUCGCCGACGACGCGGAUUUCAGUAGGGCGUCCCGGUGCUGCAAGUCCUGCGGCGGCGGCGAGGCAUGCGUACUGCUACUCCCAUGCCGCCACCUGUGCCUGUGCCGCUCGUGCGAGGCCGCCACGGACGCGUGCCCCGUCUGCGCGGCCACCAAGAACGCCUCGCUCCAUGUCGUGUCCUGAGCGAACCACGGUGGCAAGCGCGGCCCGAGCUGUUCCCCGCCGCAGCCGAGCACGGCGUCCUCCGUUCCCUCCGUCGAGUGGUUGUGCCUGCGGCGCGGGCCCGGCACGUGAGUCACGUGAGCCCGGGCAGGCAGGAAGCUUUUGUUGCUGUCGUUAGAACAAUAGAAAUUGCUCAGAGUCGCACCUUAGUCUAAUUUGGUAUUGUUACUGCUAAUGUGCUCUGUAACUUUGGUUACUUCCAUACGCUUAUUUUGGGGUCCCAUAUGUCUCCAUUUUGCUUUGUGUAAAAAUUCAUUCUGCAUCGGAGGAAAUACACCAAGUUUCUCUUUAGAAAGCA